AUGACCAAGCCCGGUGUUGAAGCACUGGCUCGUGGCCUCGAUAAGGGACACAAGAUCACCAAGCUCGAGAGGAAGCCGAUCCAGUCGCGCAGGAAGGGAGUCAAGUCCAAGAAGGCUGUUGCCGUCCGCGAACUCGUUCGUGAGAUCGCCGGCUUCGCCCCGUACGAGAGGAGGGCCAUGGAAUACCUGAAGAUCUCCAAGGAUAAGAAGGCGCUCAAGUUCUUGAAGAAGCGCGUCGGAGGCCACUGCCGUGCCAAGCAUAAGCGUGACGAGCUCCAGGACGUGCUCAUCGCCAUGCGCAAGCACCACAACGUAAUGGCCACUCGGGCAAUUCGGGCUUUUGCGUCGCUCAACACUGGGCUUACGAGGACGGGCAGCAUCGUCGCUCGACGAUUUACGCCAAUUGUAGCUGCUGAAGCCAUUACAAUUCAGAAGCGCUAUGGCUCGGCCCAGGUUUUCGGCCCGUUUGACCCACCAACGCCCCUGACUCUGAAGGAUGUGGAGACGCGAGUUUUGAAAGCGAUCCGAGCCUGGGAUCGGUUCCCUGCCGACAAGGACGCUGUUUUGAAGUUGGACGCGAGCUUUUUGCACGAUCUCGGCUUCGACUCAUUGGAUCAUGUAGAGAUCACGAUGGCGAUUGAGGACGAGUUCGGGUUCGAGAUCCCGUUGCAGGACGCCGAGAAGAUGAACGGGAGGAUGUUUUUGCAUGAAUACAACGAGGUACGCCCGAUGCUCAUCCCACUGGCUAAGAAGGCAUAUGCAAAUCUAUGUAAUUUUCUAAUGUGUGGAAUAAUCGGCUUGGUACAAGCGUGUGGCUGCGAUGCAAAAGGAGCUCUAGCAAUCCUAGCAGCAGAUGGGCUCACGGCCCUCCAACAUCGAGGAACUGAAUCUGCCGGUCUGGUUGGCUCAAACGGAUUGAACAAGAAUGUGUUUGAGAUCGUGAAGGGUCACGGUUUAGUCCGAGAGGUUUUCACUGAUGAGUCUAUUGCCAGGCUUGAUGACUCUGUAAUUAUCAUGGGGCAUAAUCGUUACUCGACAGCAGGGAAGAAACGACCUACAAUCAAUUGUGUCCAACCAUUUGUUGUCUAUACGGCGAUCGGAACAAUUGCCAUUGCUCAUAAUGGAGAAUUAGUGGGCGCUGAGGCAAAGCGUAAAGAGGCUCUCCAUCAAGGAGUCGGCCUCUCUACUGAUACUGAUUCUGAGCUGAUUGCGCAGAUGAUCGCAAAAGCUGUAGCUCUAAAUUACAAAUGCCGACAAAGCAGUGAAACAGGGGAUAUUAGCAGGGAACUGGCCGUUACUAUGUCAGCUUUUGAGACCUCUUAUUCGCUUCUAGUGAUGACAUACGACCGUAUGUAUGCUAUAAGAGAUCCCUGGGGAAACCGUCCCCUAUGCGUAGGAACAAUGUAUGCGAAUGGAGGAGUUGCCAACGGUAGCACUCCUCAACCGCUCGGAUACGUCGCAGCAUCUGAAUCCUGCGCUUUGCCACAUACAGCGAAGUUCGAAAUGGAAGUGAAACCCGGCGAAAUUAUCGAAAUCAGCAGGAAUGGUUUCAGAAGUGUUUUCCAAAUGAAGCCCCACAGCCCUGCAGCGUUCUGUAUCUUUGAAUAUGUAUAUUUCGCACGCGGGGAUACGAUAUUGGAGGGACAACAAGUUCAGUCUGUACGCGAGGAAACCGGCCGGAUUAUGGCAAAGGAGUCACCCGUUGAUGCGGAUAUCGUUACAAAUGUGCCGGAUAGCUCCACAGCUGCAGCAAUCGGAUAUGCUGAACAGGCCGGGAUUCCCUACGAACCCUCACUUCAUAGGAACGCAUAUGUUGGUCGUUCUUUUAUACAGCCAAAUACAGAACUCCGGCAAAGCGCCAUCCUCCGAAAAUUUGGGGUCCUGCGCAAAAAUGUCCAAGAUAGGCGGAUUGUGUUGGUGGACGAUUCUAUCGUCCGAGGCAACACUAUGGGGAUUAUUGUCAGGAUGUUAAAAGAAGCGGGAGCCAAAGAGGUGCAUCUGCGUAUCGCCUCCCCACCAUUGCGACACCCAUGCUUCAUGGGCAUUAACAUACCUUCCUCUGAUGAACUGAUUGCUGCUAAUAAGACGUUAGAAGAUAUGGAAAAAGUGUUGGGAGUAGCUUCACUACGAUACCUUUCCGUUGAAGGCCUAAAGGCAGCAGUCGCCAAAUCGAUCCACUCGGAGCGUGGUUUUGAACCUGGCCAAUGUACCGCAUGUUUAACUGGAAAUUACCCAGUAAAAAUUGAUUUU